AAGGUGGAGGUGACUCCAUAAUAGCUGAGUCCAUACUCCAUACGGACUACGGUACGUAUGCACUGCACAUUAGCGGCAUUGUGCCAUCGUCCAAUUUCCCAAAUGCAGGUGCAGGUGCCUUCUGCGCCUUCGAUUUCUGCUCAUCCCUUGACUUCCGCCAAGUUAAAACCCCCAUCGUCCCAAUCGAUGUCGCGAUGGAGAGAAGAAGGGACCGAUUGCUGACGCUCUUCUCGGAAUUUCGGUCCUCCGAUGUUGACGCGAAGUCUCUGUUGGCCUGCUCAGCCCUUCAACCAGUCGUCAAGAAAUUAGCUGUCUUGGCCCUUGAAACAAGCCUCCAUAUCCACGUCGACUGUGCCGUACGGUACAUGUAUCCAGUUCUCCCUGCACAUCAUGAGCAUCUGCCCAUAUCCGCCCAGCAGGUAAUGGAAACCUGCCCUGCAGCCUUUCAUCGCGGGAACGAUCAUAGCCUUCAUGAACAAGGCUGCGAUGGCAGUCUCCCGACCGUUGUGCUGCCGGAGUUCGAUGUUGAUGGGCUGCCAGUGGAUACUCGAUCCCCGACAUCAGAUUCGAGGUCUUUCCGCGAACAUCCAUCGUCUAUAGAUCCGGUAUUGACCACUCUUACAGUGCCGCGAUGUUUCGAUGGCUUUCCCCCUUCAGGAGUUCAUCGGUCGAGCACUAUGACAACCGGCCCUGCAGCCUUUCAUUGCUAGAACGAUCAUGGCCUUUAUGAGCACGUCUGCGAUAUUAGUCUCGCGACUCUUGUGCUUCCUCUUGUGCUGCCGGAGUUAGAGACCUGGUGGGUUUCCAGUCAAUGCUCGAUGCCAGCUCGAGGUCCUU